UCGAUGAGCAAAUACAACGUGUCCGACUUACGCGUGAUGAAUGUGCCGAUAGCGCGAUAGCACGCCCGCGCCCGCCUCGCCUCACGCGGUGUCGCCGGUGUGCUAUAACCGCCACACCCGACGCUCACUAACAAGCUUCUAUAUGAAUGAAGACGACGGCGGCAGUUCUUACUAACAUGAGUAUCGUUUACUGAAGCAGUGAGACUGACCGAGGUGGUGACAGGUGGCGCUCCCAGUAUCUCUGUGACGUGACUCACGGUGAACACAAUGAAGUCCCUCGUGAGCGCAGAUAAGAUAGCAGCCGCGUCGGAUAUAAGAACGCGCUCCGGGCCGCUGCCGCCACCGUCGUCGGUAGCUAGCGACCUAUUCCGCGUGUCCAGGCUUCAGCCGCGCUCGUCACUACAGCGUAUACAGUCCCGCUGCGUGCGGCGUCAGCGCGCGUCGCCUGUCUCCACUGCCGCUGCGGAUCAUAUUCAGCAACUGUGACUAUGUGUGCCUAUGUACUUUCCCAAAAGAGGUAAUUUUUUCACUAUUUGUAUUAUCAUACACAUCAUUAUCAUAAACCUACUAUAUCAUACUCUAGCCAACAACGAGAUCUAAUUGUGUCAAACUUUGUUGUAGCUGUAGAUAUGCUGUACACUGUCUGCCAAUACCUACACGAUAAUUCACUUCGGACAUGUAGACAUCUAUUUGAAACUUGUGCUGAAACUGUAUCCUUCGUCAUCAUCAGCCUUUUUGUAUGUUUCGUAUCCUUAAUUGGCUCUUAUUAAACAGUUAGUGUUUAGGUGUUUAACGAGUUUGAUAGCGCGAUGCAGGCCGCUCCGUCUAUGACCCAUUUUAUUGACAUUUAUUUGAAUAUGGACAUAGUUUAGGUGCAAUUUUGCAUAAAUUCUGAAUGGUCAAGAUUCCGCCAGCCAAUGAGGUGAUCAAUGCACGCUGCACCGCGUCGAGCCAACGUGCGUCAGUCGUCCGGGGGACGAGACUCGAGACACUGAACUAACAAGGAAGUAUCCCUCACCAGUGGACUGAUACUAAGUGUAAUGAUCGUUCUGUUGCCUCGUGUGGGUAAUAAACCAGACCGGGCGUUGGUAAUGGCGGUUCAGUCCCAGCACCUGAAUCCCUGAAGCCAGUCUUCAACACUAGAUAUGGAUGUUUGUUCCUAUAUUACGCAAAAAAGUGGAUGGAUUUUCGAAACUUGGCAGUAAUACAUAUAGCUCAAUAUAUAAAAUAUACUUAGCAUAUCAACUUAAAUAUGAGUAGGUACCUACUUUUAUCCCAGUGCGGGAAAUAGGUCUGUCGGGAUGUGGGUGAAACCGCGGGAGGAUCCUACUCUGUAAUAGGUAAAUGUUAUGAUUAAAAUAUAAGCCGAAUGAAUGGAACAACCAAAAUGAGAUACCUAAGUAGGUAAUUAGUGCAAUGAGUAUUUGUUUGUUGGAAUUCUGUAGUACGAAGUACUGUAGUCUAAAUACAAAUUGGUUUAAUUAAAUAUAUUUUUGUUCUGGCCGGACAGUAGUUAAACGGUCUUUACAAAAAAGAACAUUAGAUACCUAAGUGUGUUAUUAGAUGUUUAUAUUGAAGAUGUCUCUUUUUCCAAUGCGUAAAAUAAAUAAAGUUUGAACUUAAUAAGGAUUUUAUUUAAGUUAAUUCCCGAGAUCCCGGCCACUAGCGUGCUUCGCGCUUCAUAAAUAUGAGCUACCCGCUAACGCUUCCCUAGGAGUAGAAAAUGGAUAAAACUCGAAGAAGGCAAAGAGAGUAGAAGGGAACGCCCAAUACUGACCGCACUCUCCUAUAUAGGGCAAGCCUUCUUAAACGAUGACUCAUCAUCUCCCGAGCCUGUUUUCCCAACCUUGGGGUCGGAUGCCGGUCUAACCGCAUGCAGUGCCUGUGUUUUACAAGGAGCGACGGCUCAUCUGACCUCCUCAACAAAGUUUCCCGGGCAACUCAAUCCCCCUUGGUAAAACUGGGGCCCGAUUCUCCUAAGUUAAUAAUGUCAAAAUCGAAUAGAAAUCGAAUCGCAAUAUGAUCGCAACAGCAGUUUUAACCAUAUCGGGCAUUCUGCUACUAAUAAAAGACCAAUCGUAUUCGAUUGACAUUUGAUUGGUGUGCGAUUGGUCUGCUAUUUUGGUGAUUUUGGUCUAUACGGUAGUUUGUUGUACAAUCAUUUUGCAAUCGUAAAUCAUUUGCAGACGAAUGAUUCAUUAUUGAAUGACAGAAAAGGAUAAAAACGUGUCAAAGAAUAAAUAGCGGAAUGCCCAAAUGCUUCAAUCGUAAUCGAGUCGGGAUUGGAUCUCAGUCGAACCGAGUCGAACGUGAAUCGUGUGUCGCUUAAGUAAAAUUAGGAGAAUCGGGCCCCUGGUUGUCAGACUUCCUUGCUUCUGACUACCUGCUAAAGAGUUCAUUAACUGUUGUAUGGGGCCUACAGUUUUUCGUGGGCUCCGAAAUACUGUCAUUGGUAUCCAAGAUAUAAGUGGGUCUAUAAGUAGGUCAUUAGAUAUAAUUCAUGUGUAUGGGUCCGUCGUCGUUUCGUGUCGGCGAAUUGGAGUGCGUCACCGGUCGCCGCUGCCGCUGCUGUGUUGUCUGCGGAAGAAGCUUGCACGAACUUCAAGUGGCGCAUGGUGCGACUUCCAUCUCAUCACUUCGAGACCUUCCUCAAGGGAGAGUUUUGGCCGAACGGUGUCGUCUAUCGGAGAUUCUGAGGAUGACUACGCGACACCACGACGCCAACACUUCGUGUGCAGUAGUGAUAGUUUACAUAUUGUAUGUGGGGCUGGUGAUCACGCUGAGCACGGGCGCCACGUCCGUGUGCGGGUCGUCCAUGCUGAGCAACACCCGCGCGCUGACGGCGGCGCACUGCUGGUGGGACGGGCGCAACCAGGCGCGUCAGUUCACGCUGGUGUUCGGCUCGGCGCGCCUGUUCUCCGGCGGCACGCGCGUCGCCAGCUCCAGCGUGCAGAUGCACGCCGCCUACAGCCCGACCACGCUCAGCAACGACGUCGCCAUCAUCUCCUUCAGCUCCGUGCCCUACUCCAACGUGGUGCGAGCAGUAGCUUUGCCUAGCGGCUCGCUGCUCAGCAACAAUUUCGCGGGCUCAUGGGUUCAAGCUGCCGGAUACGGGAAAACUAGCGAUGCGGCUGGCAUCUCCCAGAAUCAGUUCCAGAGCCACGUGUCGCUGCAGGUGAUCACGAACGCGGCUUGCGCGCAGUUCUUCGGCGGCAUCAUCGUGUCGUCCACGCUGUGCACGGGCGGGUCGGGCGGCGUGGGCACGUGCAGCGGCGACUCGGGCGGGCCGCUCGUGCUCAGCAGCGGCGGGCAGCGCGUGCUGGUGGGCGUCACGUCGUUCGGCUCGUCGCGCGGCUGCCAGGCAGGAUUUCCUUCUGGGUUCGCUCGCGUCACCUCCUUCCUGUCUUGGAUUCAAGCAAGGCUCUGAACGCGAUUGGAUUUACUACGAUGACUUUUACACUUUUAAUAAAAUUAAAUUGUUUCGAAAUUUUGUUUAUUACCG